CAGAACCUCAAUACCCGCAACUACUGAAGCUUGAGAGGUCACUCCUUUCUUUAGGCUGUCAGCAGCAUGAGGCAGGUCUUUACCUCUUUGUUUUCUCCCCGGGACCCAGAUCCAGCACAGUAUCUCAGGUUGCUUCUGUAAUAUAAGUAAUAAACAACAGUAAUAAUAAUCAACACUGAUCCUGAAACACACCCGAGGAAUCUGUUUCAUUCCAGUGCUAGGGUUGACGCUCACCCAAGGUCAAAGUUGUCAUACUGAGCAGCAGUAACUAUCUCAGCUUGCAAUAAAUCUAAUACAGCCAGUACCACUUAACUGGAGGUUACCUAAAUGAGUCACUUCCUCUCCCCAUCUACAUGUCUCUCCCCAUUUAAGACCAUCAUUUACAUUCCCUGGCUGGAGUUCUAACAAGAGCAGCAAGAAUGUUGCUGUUAGAGACUUUAGUUCUGGCUAUGGUUUGCUCCUAUGGCUCCUCACAAGUGCGUCUGACCCAGCCUCAACUGUCCAUCACCAGGGAAGGAAAUAAAGCCAUACGAAUUGACUGCCGUGUUUCUCUAUCGGAGGAUUUUGGCAAGACUCCUAUACACUGGUACAGACAGAGACCCGGUGCAGCUCCAGAACGGAUUCUGUUCAUCUCAACGCAGUCUGAAUUUGACAGAGUCUCGGAUAAAGGAAAGUUUAAUGCUGAAAAGAAGAUUGACCAGUCUACCUGUACCCUGACUAUAAACAAAAUAACCUCCAGUGACAUUGCUACUUACUAUUGUGCCUAUUGGGAUCGCACAGCGUUAGAAAACAUUAGACAGCCUGUACAAAAACCCACUCUGCAUUCUGAGCCACAGCCUUUUGCAUGUAUGAGGCCACUGUCACCUCCCUUAAAAUUCCUCUCAGCCUCGAGCCAGCGGCAGAAACUCUUCAUUGGCUUCUGCAGCUAGAUAUGAACAGCAACUGCUGAUUUAGUGCAUAUUUUCCACAUAAAUCACUAAGAACGGGUCAGGUCUAGCAGAACACGAGGUCACCUCGGGCACAAAGGGGAGCUAGGCACCCAAUCAAGUCAAAGGGAGUUGUGUGUUUAGCUCCCCCUUCCUUGGCCUUUUAAAAAAAAAAUCUUCCUGCUGAAUAUUAGGUGAAGCUGACAGUAAGUAGUUUUCUGUGGGGGUUAUCAUGGGCUGACUGGGUGGAGAUUUGUCAUCAGUCUAGAGGAGCAGAACACUUGGGGUGAAAAAUCUGUCUCCAGAGAAGGAAAUGGGGCUAGGCUCUCACCCCCAUAACUGCCUGACACUGCAGUCUCCCAAUCGAGACGUCAUUCAUCUGCUGAAACAGGAAGCAAGUGAAAGUAAAACAGGAGCGUUGGACCCAGUGUGCAGGUGCAAUAAUGUACCUACUUAUAACUCCCUAGUAACUGGGGCUCAUCCUGCAUAGUGUCCUCCCCAGGUACAGAGCCUCAUGUUUGUGUCUAUAGAUUCCAGUUGUGGAUCUCAGUAGUGUUGUGUAUUUGGUUGUCAUGGUAAUAGAAUUUUGUUGUUGCUAUGGCAACUGAGGUAGAUUAUAAGGGGAUAGCCCAGGCAGCUUUGGCUGCUUUUUGUUUAGUUCAGUGUGUGGCAAUAGAUGGCUGCUUUUAAGGUUUUCAGCUCUCGUGUCUCAAGUGAUUUCUUUCUAAAACUGUUGCCUCCCAGAAUAUAACAACGUGGCAACGAGGACGGGAUGUCUGUGCUGCCCCAGCAACAGAAGGAAGUAGAAGUCAAAGUACCAAAAAACAACAACAACAACAAAAACGAAACCAAAAACCACCAAAAAAACCCACCUUUUUGCUGUUGGAAGGGGCUGAGAACUGACUUGUUUGCACUGAGUGUGCAAACUGAAACUAAAACCAUGGCUACACUUACAGACCCGCUGGAACCUUUUGGGGAGACUAUAGUGCAAUGGCACGUAUAUACUGAGCGUUUUGAGCUUUUUGUUAUUGCAAAUGACAUUACAGAAGAGAAGAAGGUGCCAAUAUUCUUAAGUGUUGUAGGGACUAAGACCUACUCCCUGCUAUGCAGCUUACUGCAUCCUGUUAAGCCCGAGACCAAAUCUUACAGUGACAUUGUGGAAAUCCUGGGGUCCCAUUUUAAUCCAAAACCACUGGUCAUUGCUGAAAGCUAUAGGUUCCACAAAAGAGACCAAAAAGAAGAUGAAACAGUUGUACAAUUUGUAGGAACUUUGAAAAAGCUUGCAGAUCACUGUGAAUUUAAGGAGAUAUUAAAUGACUCCCUGUGUGACCGGUUAGUGUGUGGCCUGCACAGUGAAGCUAUAUGGAAGCGCCUAUUGACAGAGGCUCAACUUACCUUACAGAAGGCUGUUGAUAUUGUGGUCUCCAUGGAACUGGCUACAAAGGAGGCGCAAUACAUCGGUGCAUCCCCUAGGGUGCAUAAAGUGUCACAAGAAUCUACCCACAAAACUGUGCAGAGUCAGGAAUGUUACCGCUGUGGUCACCAGGCAUCAGAAUGCUGGUGUAAGGACCUGGUGUGUCGACACUGUGGCAAGAAGGGACACGUUGAGUGUGCCUGUAAACAAAAGAAAAAGAGGCCUGUGGUCUGGCUGACCAAAAAGGGAAAUCUGCAUAACCGAGAGCAGACCCAGGAUGACAAAGGAGACACCUCAUCACAAGAAGAAGUGCCACUCCACGUUUUGUCUUUGGCAGUGGGCUCACAUGAAUACUGGGUAACCCCGUUGUUGGACGGCAAACCUAUACGCAUGGAACUGGACACCGGUGCAGCUGUCUCGCUGGUCUCCAAGACCAUGUAUAAAGAAAAGCAACAGCAUCUUCCACUUAAGGCAAUGAAAACUGUUCUGAAGAUGUAUACGGGAGAAGCUGUCUCCGUGUUGAGCAUUACAGAUGUUAAGGUGGAGCUCAAUGCACAGACAGGCUGCUAAAUUGCCACUGUUUGUGGUGAGAGGGUAAUUACCCAGACUUAAUGGGUAGGUCUUGGUUUAUGUAAGGGGACUGUUGCCCCCUUAGUAACAUUCAGCGGGGGUGUUUUAGUUGCUAGCUCCCAGUACUAAAAAGGGGGAAGGGUCGAUGGGGAAUCAGGACCCUGAG